AUGCUCAUUAUCUUUCUUCUCUUCGCUAGUCCAUAUUUGGUUCACACUCAGGAUGACAUUUUGGACCAAGACAAACGUAUGGAGCAACCUAAUGUUCUAUUUCAAGCCGAGAAGAUUAAUCCGGAAUUGGCAGCACUAUUCAACAUCGAGGAGGACGCAUCCCUACAAUCACAACACCUAUCGCGAUACGACAUUGACGGCGCCUCGACGCCAUUAGCGCUGAUUCAACGAUACCCGCGACCGCAGAACUAUGGCAAUUUCGGCGGCUAUCGACCGAACAAUCCGCUCGGCUAUUCCUACGUCGGCUACAUCAAUCGUCAAUCGCGACGAUACCCCGUGAUGAUGUACACGUUGGUGCAGUGCAUUCCGUGCCAACGCGCCAAACAUCUACUCGCCGUCAAUUAUUCCGAUGUGCCGUCGCAUUUCCUCGAACUCGGCGGAAACGAGGACUGGCAGCGGCAAUUACAAGUGGACUUGCUGAAAGUCACCCGACAGGCGACGUUCCCUUACGUGUUCGUGUGCGGCCAAUUCAUCGGCGGCUCGACGGACUUGUUCAAUUUACAUCACAGCGGUCAAUUACGGCAGAUGCUCAACAAUUGUUUGGGACGAGGUUGA